UUUUGACAGGAUAUUGCUUACCAGAAUCAUUCUUCCAGCCUCACCUGAAGAGAACUAUAGGCGAUUUCAUGAAAGCACUCAAAGAUCCUAGCCUUCCUUUAUUGGAGCUCCAGGAAGUCAUUUCAUCCAUUUCAGGACGUAUUCCAUCCACAGUGGAGAAGCAAAUCAGAAAGUUCAUGUCACAGUAUGCCAGCAAUAUCACAUCUGUCCUAGCUCAAUUUCCAUCUCAGCAGAUUGCUUCUGUCAUUGACAACUAUGCAGCAUCUCUACAAAAGAGAACAGACCGGGAUGUGUUCUUCAUGACCACUCAAGGGAUCUUGCAACUGGUUCAAAGGUAUCGCAAUGGGAUCCGUGGAAGGAUGAGAACUGCAGUUCAAGACCUUCUCAAGCAAUAUCUUCAAGUGGAAACUCUUUUCCAGCAUGGUUGA